GGGACAGUCACUACGUCUUGAUAAAAACAAUGCUUUCAAUAGCUUUUUUUGAUCGAUUCAAUUAUGCUAGUUGUUAUUGUUUUCUUGCAAUCUAGUUAGCCUUUACAGUUGAACGCAUGGGUGACAUAAAGUACAUUUUCAGUAGUUAGUAGCUGCUCGUGUGUCAACAGGAGGAAAUGACAUGGAAACGUCGAGAACGGGAGGUUGGAGUUCCAGCCAAGCUACGUUUGCCGUUGUUGAGGUAGAGUGAGCAGCCAGCAGAAGUUUACACUUUCUCCGAGGAACAAAUAAUUACUUUUUGGACGAAAAGGAAUUGACACCAUAAUAUUGCCAAAUUGAACAUAUGACUUUCGUAUGUCAAACGUAUAUGGAGUAAAUGGAAAUGGACCGGAGGGCAGAUUUGGAAGCAGCACUUCUGCAGCUUUAGAGAAGCGAGUUAUCACAACUUGAAGUACUCCUCACUGAAUGAUAGUGACGUGUAUUUGCACAAGCUAACUAGCUAAAUGUAAAGUGGAGUAGCUAGGUGUUGACAAGCUAUCCAGCCAAUUACCUAGCUGCUAUGGAUAUCUUUCCAAGACCUAGUGGAGAAAUUCAAAGAAAAAACCCACAGCAGGAUUUCGAGCUUAUUCAACGAGUUGGGAGCGGCACAUAUGGAGACGUAUACAAGGCUCGAAACAUCCAAACGGGAGAGCUUGCCGCUGUCAAGAUUAUUAAACUGGAACCAGGGGACGACUUCUCCAUCAUCCAGCAGGAGAUCUUCAUGGUGAAGGAAUGCAUGCACCACAACAUAGUGGCCUACUUCGGGAGUUACCUCUGCCGGGCGAAGCUGUGGAUCUGUAUGGAGUACUGUGGUGGAGGAUCUCUACAAGACGUAUAUCAUGUGACGGGUCCCUUGUCAGAGAUACAGAUCGCCUACGUCUGCAGAGAGACCAUACAGGGUUUGGGAUACCUACACAGCAAGGGAAAGAUGCACCGUGAUAUCAAGGGUGCUAAUAUCCUCCUGACAGACAGCGGGGACGUGAAACUAGCCGAUUUUGGAGUUGCAGCCAAAAUAACAGCCACCAUUGCCAAGAGGAAGUCCUUCAUCGGGACCCCUUACUGGAUGGCCCCGGAGGUAGCAGCGGUGGAGAAGAACGGAGGAUACAACCAGCUGUGUGACAUCUGGGCCGUGGGCAUCACCGCAAUAGAACUGGCUGAGCUGCAGCCCCCUAUGUUUGACCUGCACCCAAUGAGGGCCUUGUUUUUCAUGUCAAAGAGCAGCUUUCAGCCUCCCAAGCUAAAAGACAAAACUAAAUGGUCCACAGCUUUCCAUAACUUCGUUAAAGUCUGUCUGACCAAGAACCCAAAGAAGAGACCGACAGCAGAGAAGCUCCUUUCGCAUGUGUUUAUAGGUCAGACAGGGCUGACCAGGAGGGUAGCUGUGGAGCUGCUGGACAAGAUGAACAACCCAGACAACCACCAACACUUCUCUGAGGUGGACGACGAUGACCUGGAGCCUCUCUCAGUAGUGAGACACACCAUCCGUUCCACCAACAAACACUCCAGAGCAGAGAUCAGCUUUGAUAAAGUGCAGUUUGAACCUCCACUGAGGAAGGAAACAGAGGCUCGCACUGAAAUGGAUGUGACUAAAGAGAGUGACUUCCCCUCCCCCUGGAGCCCAUUCACAGAGGGAGGCAUCACUACCAGGAGCCUUCUCAAAAGCGUUGAGGAUGAGUUGUUCCAACGGGGACACAUGGCCCAUCUGGAGGACGCCUUUGAAGACGUGGAGCUGUCGACCCUCAAGCACGGAAUCCCACCUCCUCUACCGCCAAAGCCUCGUCUGAACAGUUUGUCAGAUGAACUAGGUCUGAGUGAUGAGAGGUGUGUGACGGUGAGGAGGUUCCCAGGCUCAGAGAACAGUCCCGGUCCAGGCCUGGGCCCCCGGAGACUGAGCACCCCAGAGCAGGGCAAUAAGGUGGAGCACCGUACUCCUGACUACCUGUCAGCCAGUGUUAGUAGUCCCGGCAUACUGUCCACCGCCUCAGACCCUGCUAUCAGUUACUCAAACAACGUAUUCGUCAGUAAUUCAAACAUAUCCAAAGAACAUGGUGACUCUGAUGGGAGUGUGAACGGGGACAAUCCCAAGACUCCUCCCAGCCGACCACACAGGAAGGAGAAGAAGGAAUACCAUAAACCAGCUAUCAACGGCCUGCCGCCCACCCCUAAAGUCCUGAUGGGGGCCUGUUUCUCCAAAGUUUUCGAUGGCUGUCCACUGAAAAUCAACUGUGCCACGUCAUGGAUACACCCGGAUACCAAAGACCAAUACCUUAUAUUUGGGACAGAGGAUGGUAUUUAUACCCUCAACAUGAAUGAGCUUCAUGAAGCCACCAUGGAACAGCUGUUCCCCAGGAAGUGCACCUGGCUCUACAUCAUCAACAACAACCUGAUGUCUCUGUCAGAAGGAAAGACCUUCCAGCUGUACUCUCACAACCUGAUUGGGCUGUUUGAGCAGCUGAAGAAGCCUGGCCUGGCCUCUCAGUUCCAGACACACCGCUUCCCAGACAAGAUCUUACCACGGAGGUUUGCCUUGACAGCUAAGAUCCCUGACACAAAGGGCUGUCACAAGUGCUGCAUUGUGAGGAACCCCUAUACGGGCCAUAAGUACCUGUGUGGAGCGCUGCAGUCUGGGAUAGUCCUGCUACAGUGGUACGAGCCCAUGCAGAGGUUCAUGCUCAUCAAGCACUUUGACUUCCCUCUGCCCAGCCCUCUGAAGGUGUUUGAGAUGUUGGUGGUUCCAGAGCAGGAGUACCCCAUGGUGUGUGUAGCCAUCAGCCAGGCCACGGAGCCAGGCCAAGUUGUCCGCUUUGAGACCAUCAACCUCAACUCCUGCUCCUCCUGGUUCACUGAGAUGGGAUCAACUGGACAAGCAGUGGACGCAGUCCAUGUGACCCAGCUGGAGAGAGACACAGUGCUAGUGUGCUUGGACAAGAAUCUGAAGAUCGUGAACCUCCAGGGAAGAUUAAAGUCCAACAAGAAGCUAGCCUCGGAGCUCAGCUUUGACUUCGCCGUUGGAUCCGUUGUGUGCCUACAGGACAGUGUUCUGGCCUUCUGGAGGCACGGCAUGCAGGGAAAGAGCUUCAAGUCCAACGAGGUCACCCAGGAGAUUUCUGAUCCUAGCCGAGUCUUCCGUCUCCUCGGAUCUGACAGGGUGGUGGUCCUGGAGAGCCGGCCCACUGACAACCCCACAGCCCUCAGCAACCUCUACAUCCUGGCUGGACAUGAGAACAGCUACUAGCCUCCUAACCAUGUCACCAGCUCGUAGCCGUGACCCAGCGACUCCACACAGAGGGAGGCAGACGGCGCAGAGCAGCCCACAGACCCAUUGGGUAGGUGAAGAAUUACAGAGGAGUGGAUCAUCUCACAGCAGUCCAUUCACUUCUCAUCUCAGCCUCUCAGCGGGCUCUCAUAGCGCCUGGACUCUGGUAGAACUGUGUUACCGAACCCAGGAACUAGUUAGUGAAUACAGAAACAACAGGUCAGACAAAAGGGGACUGUGAAGCUUCAAGCAAAAUCCCUCCUCCUUCCUCAACACGGAUCUUCCAACAAACGGCCUUAUGCCGAGCAGGCAAGCAGCACCUCCUCUCUCCUCUACAGCCCUGUUCACCUCCUCACCUCAUCUAUAGCCCUGUUCACCUCCCUGUUCACCUCCUCUCUCCUCUACAGUCCAGUUCACCUCCUCUCUCCUCUACAGUCCAGUUCACCUCCUCUCUCCU